AUGGCUCUUUUGGCAAAGACGCAACCUCGACGGCUCGUGCUCACCAGCUACACAUACGUGCCGGUCGAGAACGUUUCUUCUUUUAUCGGUGCAUUCAGUCACCGGCAGGGCCCACUACCGUGCUUAGAGUUGCGUGACAUGGAUGUCAAGUUGGAUUACCAUCGUUACGAAAAGCCACCACUGCCAACACCCGAAGAGUUCUCGGAGGACUUCCGUAUUGCAGAAUUGAAGAUUGCGAACGUGUCGUGGUAUCGGCAUGUGUCCAAGCGUCGCAAGUCAGAGCGCCGUGGCUGGUGCAGGACGGUAAGAGAUUUGGAUAUUGAUGGUAAUAGCAUCACUGGUGAGACCGAUUCAGAUCGCAGCACCACCGAAGACGGAAUCGAAUAUGACAGCGAUUCCACAAACGAAGACGAAGACAAGAACGAGAAUGGGGACAAGGAUGAGGACGAGGAUGAAGAUGAGGACAACGACGAGGACGGAGACGGAGACGGUAACGGAGACCGAGUCGUUGGCGAGGUGGCUUGGUCACGGGCUGAUAUGGCGCUACGUCGAAGCUAUGCGACGGCUAGUUGGUCCUAUAGGGGUGACUAA